AUGGUAUCGCAACAGACCAUUCGCCGAGUUGUCCUCACCGGCGCUGUUGCCGCAAUCACUGCCACCGGUGCCCUGUACGGUGCCGGCCUGAAGCUCCAGCAAGAACACAAGCAGGCGCAGAAGAAAGUCUACGAAUUGCCCAUCGAGGAACGCAUUGCAGGGCUGGAGACGAAGCGAGCACGACUUGUUACGCAGAAAGAAGACAUAGAGCGGAAGAUUGCAGAACUCCAAUCACGCCGAGCUCCGGUGGCGAAGCCCCAGGACUAA